AUGUUAAUCUCGCCUUCUUCUUCAACCAAUGCUUCUAAGCGAAAGGCCGGGAACGAUAUGGCAAGUCCUCCAGUGCGACGACUCCGCCUCUCCGCACCUGAGUCCGCAGAUCAACCUCCGACAGCCAGGAAAAUUGCCCAACUGGAUUCAAUCCAGGCCAUCCUUAAAGAAAAUUACAGAAUUCGACUGUAUGUCCAUCCGAUAGCGUGGACCGAGAAGCAACUGCAGCUUUUGGGAUUCCACUUCGAUCAGAUGUUGAGCAAAAGGAACCAGAAACCAGUACCUCCAGAGCCUCAACAGUCUGGUCCCCAUAUCAAGGGGACUUGCGACACAGACAGUCCUGCACAGGUUCAUCCAAAGGAACUACAACUGAGUCAGGAACUUAUCGGAGCAGCAAACCGGCUAGUAUGGAAUGAUGAUCUGCCUGUUAAGCAGUACGCUAUGGAACAGCUACUUAAAGCUUACAACAUUCAUCCUUUUGAGAAGGAGCAUCCGGUCAGCUAUGAUCGCCUAUACUUUUACUUUAAUGGCCGACCUGUUGCGAAGCUCCGAACAGACCGUAUUUUCUCAUGCAACCCCAGGGCUCCGAGCCUUGCAUUUAUCACUUGCCAUGCAAUAAACUUACGUCGCAAGGGACAAGUCUGCGCACGGCCUGACAAGAAGAAACCCAAACCCAAUAAUCCUGUUGACCGCAUUCAGAGGAUAAAGCUAAAUGCUAUGACACCCCCGAACAACCGUGAAGACCCAUACAUCGCGUCGAUACUAAUCGCUUUGGCCCAGGAGAAACGGCGUCAACAGCGAACUCAGGAGCAUCAGGGAUCUGAGAAACAAGAUGACACAAACAGGUGGAUGCAAAUCCCAUAUUGA